CUUUUUCAAUACUGCUUGCAAUCAACUAACUAAUCGCUCCAAUUAAUCGUUGUGGCGGACUUUCAAGGGUGCGCUUAAUACCCGAUAACGCCCAUAAACACACAAACUUCUCGACUCCGCAACCCGACCUCUCACAACCGAACAAUCGCAAACUUCCUUUCACCCUUCCUGCCAAAAUGUCCUCCGGAUUUGUAUCCGCCGGAACAGACCAAGAACCGGUAGAACGCGACGAUGAGUGGCUCCGAGUUCAACAGGAGCUGGAGGAGGAGCGCCGGCGCAAAGCAGAGUUAGGCAAGCAGGAUGGCGGCAAGAGUCUAUACGAAGUACUACAGCAGAACAAAAUGGCCAAACAAGAAGCUUUUGAGGAGAAAAUUAAAUUGAAAAAUCAGUUCCGGUCGCUUGACGAGGAUGAGGUCGAGUUCUUGGAUUCAAUUAUGGAGUCGACGCGCGCGCAGGAGGCGGCUGUUAAGAAAGAGACGGCUGAGCAGCUUGAGAUUUUCCGGCGACAGCGCGAGGAGGCGGAGAAGGUUGCGCUUGAGGAAGGAUCUGCCGAUGUUGCGGCGCCGGCUGAGGGAGAGGAUUGGAAGAUCCCUGCGCGCAAGAGGAGGAGGGAUAAGAAGGAUCUGUUGCUGCCUGGCAAGAAGCGAAAGUCUACCGCUGAGGGUGCUAGUGGGACUUCGUCAACUGGCGAGCAAAAGGCAGAUCAGGAGGCCAAAGAAUCCGGGAAAGGCGAUAAGGAGUCCGUUCCGGCUCCUGCUAAUACUAGGGCUAGGGAGUCACAGUCGCCUAUGAAGACAGCUAGUUCCACGAACCCCGUGCCAGGCAAUGACGCAAAAGCGGAAGGUUCAGAACAGUCUGAAGAGAGGCAAGCGGCCAAGCCAGCUCCUGUAUCACUCGGCCUGGCUGGCUAUAGUUCGGACUCCGAGUAACUGCAUUCGUGAUUCUGUUGCACUCGCCUAUUCCAAUCACUUGAUACGCUAUGAUCCCUGGUCACUCGCGAUCUGUGAGUCAUGAUACAGUGCUGAUGGGUUAAUCGGAGUUUCGAAAUGCCUGGUCAGUUUAUCACGGGUACUCUAGAACGAAGGCUACGUUAAAGUGUCGAGGAACACUGCCGGCACAGUGUAGGAAUUGCCAAUCCGCAGGCUCCGUGUUUAUGUUGCUUCAAAUGGAACGAAAGAAC